AUGACCGUGCCCAUGAUGGCAGCGGCCGCCGCUACCACAGCGUGCCCGGGCCGGGGCUGGAGCCCCCGGGGGCCCGGCGGCGGUUAUCCCGGUGCCGUGGCCCCUUCCCCUCCUCGGUACUUCACCUUCGAGACCCCACUGGGGCCCCGCUCCCCGACCAGGCCCCGUCGGAAGCACCGGAGGGUUCUUUACCCGCCUGCUGUCCGGCGCCCCCCCCCAAUGGAAGAGCCAAACGGUGCCAAGAGGCUCCUGCUGCUGCUGUUGGCCGUGGUGAGCGCCCAAGUGUACAGCACCCCCGGGGAAGUGACCCUUGACGUGGUUCCAUCCAGCCCAAGCACACCGGGACCAGCACCCAUUGAACCUGUUGGGACACCCAAUGGGACAUUGGCACCUAUGGCACCUUCUAUGGGUGCUUCUUGCCCCCCGUUGCUGAUGGCACCCAGUCUGCACCCUAUCAACUGUGUUGGUGCCCAUUGA